AUGACGUCUGUGGGUGUCUUUGCGAUAGUCCAGUUCGCCUGUGUCUACCGCCACGUGGCCUUGCACACCCAGUGCGGGCCUAUGGUUGUUAAAGGCUUUUUUGAAGGAGCAGGGGUGCAAGGCAUUGCUCGUUUUAAGACUAUUUUCUUCCCCCAAGAUCUUUCACAUCUGGCUGAUCAAUUUAAGAAUGAGCUCAGUUUGUCAAAUGGUCCUCCUUUUAUCAGGCCAGUUCAUUCAGAAGUUGGUCUCCGGUGCAUAUCCGAGCUCCAAGAGUCCCUCUACCCAGUGGGUUCUAAUGAAAUCAAAUGGAAGCCAGAAACCAUCUGCACCGACCUGUUCUCAGAGUAUCCCGGAUUACAGGAUUUAAAGAAAAAACAGAUCCAUCCACUUAACAAGGGGGUACUGAUAUUUUCAAGGAGCUGGGCUGUUGACAUUGGAUUGCCGAAAAAGCAGAAUGUUGUGUGUGAUGCUCUCUUAGUAGCUGAAAACACGUGUCCAGUAUUGUAUGCUGUAGUUGGGGUCACCUCUUCUGAGUCUGAAAACUGGAGAGAAAGCGCUUACACAUUAAAGCAGAAACUAGUCAAUGUUGGAGGGUAUGACUCAAAAGUGUGUGUGAUUCCCCAAAUACCACACCUGAACCAGAUGGAAGUUGCAGAGUAUGAUGUUACCCAGCAAGAAAACCAAGAAAACCCGUGUGGUUCUGCCAGCUUGUACCCAGAAAAUUGCACCCUCACCUCCAGGGACACCCCCGUGUUCCUAGGUGCACUUGUGAUCCUUGUGCUGAGCUUUAGGUCCUACUUAAGGGACCUCCUUGGCUGUGAGAUUUUCAGCCUUCUCACUCUCAAACAGUAUGAGCUGCUUUCCAAGAACCUGCACAAAGUCAAUAAACAGUUUGUCCUUGGUCUUCCUGGAUCAGGGAACACAAUCAUGCCUUUGAAGAUCUUAGAAAAUAUAUGCAACAUCUUUCACUGUUCUGCAGAAGAGACACUCUAUAUUUGUGAAAAUCAACCCUUGAAGAAGUUUGUGGAGGACCCGAUGAAAUACAGGGGGAGGUUGGUCUUCAGGUCAGCAGAAAAUGUUUUAGGAAACGUUAUUGUUAUUGAUAGCAUCUCACAUUUCUCAGGCCUAGAAAGAAGGAUCAUAUUUCACAUCCACCCUGUCCCCGCAGAAAAGAAGCUAUCAUCUCUCCAGUUAUCGCUCUGCGCAGCAUCCGGAGCCCACACCAAACUCCAUUUGCUGUUUUACAAGUUCUUUAAGAGGGCAGGCUUUAGCCUCACAUAG